CGACCGCACGAGGGCGCUGUGUGCACCUUGAAGCUCGGCGCGUGUUUCUUCCACAGCGACAGAGCAGACAACAUGGCGGCGUCCAGGAGGCGCAACGUGAAGAAAAGCGACGCAGAAAACAGUCAGAUUUCAUUUAAACAGGUCAUAAACACUAAAACAGAGCUCGUAUUACAAAGCAGGAAACACGCGAACAGUGUGUUCGAUCUGCUGGAGUACUUACAGUCUGAAAAAGAGAAAGAAGUCGUUUUUGCAGUCAACGCCUGUCAGAAUUUAUUCUGCGAGUUAUUAGAGAGAGGAGAGCUUUAUGUUGGUCAGCUGCCGAAAGAAGAAGAGAUUCUCCAAGGUGAGCGAGAUGCAGAUGAAAAGUACCACAUAUUUAUAAGGCACCGUUACAAUAGCUGUGUGGAGCUUCUGCUGGAGAACAUCGGCCAUGAAUCUUACCAAGUAAAGGAGAGUGCACUCUGUGCCUUAAUGAAGUUCGCGGCAGCCGAGGGGAAGCACCCUCUGCAGAAACAGGACUGGAGUCAGCAUUACAAUUUUCCCAGAGAGCUUAUAUCCGGUCUGGUGUGGGUUCUGCUCUCAGAGAAAAAGGACAUGGCUCUGCUUAUCUCCAGGUUUCAGGAGUUUUUAGAAAUGGACGAUGUGCGCUACUAUGUCAUGAAUUCGGUGCGAGACAAUAUACAUAGAGUGAUGGACCGAAACAAACGGGCCGAGAUGCCAGUGUACCAAAACAAUGUAUUCACGAUGCUCACGACCAUCACCGUGCCAAGCCAGGGCACAGAAAUCACCAACUUCCUGACCAAGCAGGAGGCUAAAUAUGAAGACUGGAAGGCAGCUAAAUUAAAAGAGCACAAGCGAGCGUUUGAGCUAAUGUGGCUGACCUUCCUGAAGUACAAGUUACCAUUGAGCAUGUAUAAAAAGGUGCUGGUCAUCCUGCAUGACUCUAUUCUGCCCCACAUGGGUGACCCCACGCUGAUGAUCGACUUCCUGACUGCAGCGUAUAACGUCGGUGGUGCCAUCAGUUUACUGGCUCUGAACGGCCUUUUCGUCCUCAUCCACGAGCACAAUCUAGAUUAUCCUGAUUUUUACAAGAAGCUGUACAACCUGCUGGAGCCUUCUGUCUUCCAUGUGAAGUACAGAGCACGAUUCUUCCACCUAACCAACAUCUUCCUGUCCUCAAGCCAUUUACCAGUUUACCUCGUAGCAGCGUUUAUCAAGCGACUGUCUCGGCUCGCCCUGACCGCUCCUCCGACCGGCUUGCUCAUAGUGCUGCCCUUUAUUUGUAACCUGAUUCGCAGACACCCAUCGUGCAGAGUCCUCAUCCACAGACCCAGUGCUGCUGAGGAAAUGUGUACAGAUCCAUAUGUGAUGGAGGAGGAGGACCCUGCCAAGUGCUAUGCCCUGGAAAGCAGUCUGUGGGAAAUUAAGACACUGCAGAAUCAUUACCACCCAGAUGUUUCUAAAGCAGCCAAAGCAAUAAACAAAGCUCUACCUGAGCCCGAGGAUGAUAUCAGCGAGCUGCUCGAACUGUCCACUUUUGAGCUGAUGGAACGAGAUCUGAAGAGCCAAAGCCAGUCUGUGCCACUUGAGUUCGAUUCAGCCACCGGUUUGCUUCAGAGUCCCAGAGAAGUGCUGGGCCUCCAUUUCUCUCUGGAGUAGCUGCUGAUACUGUAUAAGGAUCUAAUACCUUUUUUCUGUCUCUGCCUGAUUAUUUUAUUGUUACUUUUUUUAUUUGAUAACUUUCCGAUAUUGAUAAAGAAAUACAGUCGAUGGGAAAAAAAUCCUAAUUUGUGGCUGAAUUCCACAUAAAGGGGUACAUUAUUAUAUAUAACUAAACAUUAUUGGUGUAAAUACGUAUGGUUUAACACUUUAUUUAAGUAAGUGUUGUUAAUAUACAACAUAUGGGCUUCAAAAUAGAUGAACUGCUUUAUAACAACACCAUAAUAAUGAAACAUUAUUAUUAAUGUGAUGACAAAACUAUAUAAAUUUAUUCAUUUAUAUAGAGAUUAAGAAGAGCCAUGGAGGGUUUUUUUUUUUUAUUUUUUAUCAUCUAUGGCUAUGAAUAAUAUCAAUGCAACAAGUUACCAAAAUCAUGGCCAUAAAUACCUUACAAUGAGCAAAACGUGCUGUAAGUAUGUUGUGGGAAUGUCAUCAUCUAUCUUUGGCCUUGACGUGAUCUGAUUUGGUGUGUUCCUGCAUCAUGCCAGUAGUUCAUGGGACAGACUCCAGAUUCACUGCAAACCUCACCAUAUAAAAUAAAACAGUUCCUGAAAAUGAAAGAAAUACAGAAAACAGAAAUAAACUUCACAAUAACAAGG